AUAGAAUGCUCAUGUCCAGUAGCUAUCCAGUUGUCUAGGCGUUGGAGCCCCAGCAUGAAAUAAACUGUGUGGCAAACUUUGUUAAUGAAGCCUGAAUGUGAUCGUUUGGUUGGACGUCAGCGUGCACCUUAUUUCAACACCGACCAUGCUAACCGUCGACACCGCAAUGCAUCCAAGAUAGUUAUAGCAAACUGAUGGAUGCAGUGCGUGAGUUCAUAUCAUCUACUUACCCAGCUUUGAAUGAAGCAAUUUGAAAACGCAACAUCAGUGGUAAGCCUGUCUGUCUGCGUCACCGUCCGUCUUCAAGUGGUGAUAUGAAAUAGGACGCGCAUCAUCUUACAGGAGUAAUUGCGGUGUGCCGUUCCUUGCAUGCAUUGAGCUGAAUUUGUUUGGACAAGUUUGGGCGUUUGGUUGAGUCACCCUUGCAACUGUGGUAUAGAUUUGGCCAGCACAUGGUGCCCCAGACAAGCCCACUGAGUCCCAGAAUGCAUUGCUGACAGCUCCCAGCAUUCAAUCGCCCUCCAUUCACUGCCUUUAACCCAGAACACUAUGUCCACCAGCCGCACUGAGGAUUUCUUUCUGAACAUGUCAGGACUCAACAGCAGUCUUUACAGCAACACCUCGGGGAACGACAGCGUGCCUGACCCUCCGCUGGAGGAGAUCAUGCUCCAAUAUCUGGGGCCACGACGGUCGCCCUUCUUCCUCCCGGUGGCCCUCACCUACCUGCUGAUCUUCAUUGUGGGAGUCGGGGGCAACCUGCUCACCUGCACGGUGAUCGCCAAGCACCGCAAGAUGCGCACGCCCACCAACCUGUACCUGUUCAGCCUGGCGGUGUCGGACCUACUGGUGCUGAUCCUGGGCAUGCCGCUGGAGACGUACGAGCUGUGGCAGAACUACCCGUUCCCUUUCGGUGAGGGUGGCUGCCUCUUCAAGGUGUUCCUCUUCGAGAUGGUCUGCUUCGCCUCGGUGCUCAACGUGACGGCGCUGAGCGUGGAGCGCUACGUGGCGGUGGUGCAUCCGCUGCGCACGCGCUACACCGUCACCACUCGCCAUGUCCAGCGCGUCAUCACGGCUGUGUGGCUGGCCGCCCUGCUCUGCGCCCUGCCCAAUACCUCGCUGCACGGCAUCUACUACCUGGAACUGGACAGCGGACCUGUCCCCGAGUCGGCCACCUGCCACAUGCUCAAGCCCCUCUGGAUCUACAACCUGGUCAUCCAGGUGACCACCAUCUCGUUCUACUUCAUACCCAUGACGGUGAUCAGUGUGCUGUACAUGGUGAUCGGCGUGCGGCUGGGCCAGGACCAGAGGUCGCGGGGGAGUGGUGGCGACUCGGGGAAGAAUGGCGGCUCUGAGGUCAGCUGGACCAUCCACGUGGAGGGAGGGAAGAGGCGGCAGAUCACUAAGAUGCUCUUUGUAGUGGUGGUGGUAUUUGCCAUUUGCUGGGCCCCCUUCCACAUUGACCGGCUUCUGUGGAGCUUCACCACGCACUGGACGGACUACAUGCACGGCGUCUACGAGUAUGUGCACAUCCUGUCGGGCGUGCUCUUCUACCUGAGCUCGGCCGUCAACCCCAUCAUCUACAACAUGCUCUCCAGCCGUUUCCGCGAGCGUUUCCGCGAGCUCGUCUGCCACAAGGGCGGCGGCGCCACAGCGGCCUCACGCAACAGCUCGCCGCCCAUCUCCAAGGUCCUCAAGAGUGCGUCCUGCUCCACACACGUGUCCAGCAGUGGACGCCGGAGCCGAGCCCGUGACACGGCCUCCACCAGCGGCUGGGAGCACGAGGACGAGACCACCUUCAUGUGAAGGACCCUUGACUGUGGAGACCACCUUUACUGUAUGUGAAAGACUCAUGACUGUGGAGACCACCUUCAUGUGAAGGACUCGUGACUGUGGAGACCAUCUUCAUGUGAAGGACUCGUGACUGCAGGGCUGUGCAGAGACCUUUUGAGGGGCAGGGGCUCAAAUUCAAAAACGGGCACAUGGAACAAGAUUUGUUAACAAUAUGUCAACAUUAUUUUAAAUACUGAAUUAUCCUUGUUCAAACAAAAUGUUUGGAGAGGAGAGUUGAGCUUUGGAGAAGCACAAUUGUUUUUCGCCUUAUUUAUUUAUUUAUUUAUUAUACACUUCAUUCUAGGAUGAAUGGAGAGAAUGACACUAACAUGUGUAUGAGAACUUAUAGUUUAAUUUGAUACCCUGUUCGCCCA